ACCAGAAAUAGACUAUAAUGGAAAAAGUCAAGAUGGCGCCGGUAGAGUACAGUUCUACUUAGAUUUCAAUAAACGUGCUAGUACUGCCCAUGCGUUCGUUGAUCCAGUAAAAUAUCGUGGCAAUUUAAGGAUUUCACUGGAAUCUUUCGUCACGAAAAUUCGAAUAUCCCAAAACAAGGCACAAACCGUUGAAUUUAUGAAAAAUGGAAAAAAAUAUUUAGCAACUGCUCUUAAGGAAAUCAUUGUGUCCGCAGGCAGUAUAAACUCCCCACAAAUUUUGAUGCUAUCAGGUAUUGGACCAAAGACCGAGCUAGAGCAGCAUGGUAUUAAGGUAGUAGCAGACUUACCUGUAGGUAAAUUGUUGCAAGAUCAUUUGUCAUUUCCAAAUAUUUAUUACAGAACAAAUCGUGUAUUUUACAACAGUACUCUGACUGAGUCAAUGGAUUUGUGGAGAGAAGCAAAACGUCCUCUAGUCGUAGGAAUUAUGGCACAAAUAGUCAGUUUUUUCAACUUCGAGGGUGCAGAAGAUAGUCAACCUGAAAUUGAAAUAUAUGUUAAUGCUAGAAGUGAUCAGCUUAUGGAGUAUUUUCAUAUGAAUGAAGACUUACAAGAGGCCUAUAAGGCAAUCAACCGAUAUACUGAUAUCCUAAUGAGCGUUGUCUUACUGCAUCCAAGGUCCAAAGGGAGCGUAAAGCUCCAGUCAAGCAACCCCCGAGACUUUCCAUUGAUCGACACCAACUAUUUGUCAGAUCCAGGUGAUAAGGAUAUUGAAAAUAUUUAUAAGGGUAUUCAGGCCUUGCUGAAACUAAAUGAAACAAAAGUUUUUCAAGACUUUCAUGCUGGACUCUUCAUACCUUCCAUUCCUAGAUGUGAAGAGUUUGCAAAAAUGUCAAAAGAUUGGUGGUACUGCGCUGUCAGAACAGUCUCACAUACUCUUUUUCAUCCAGUGGGUACAACCAAAAUGGGUCCAAAUCCAAAGACAUCAGUUGUCAACACAGAUCUUCGAGUCCAUGGAAUUCAACAUUUAAGAGUGGUAGAUGCUGGAGUAAUGCCAUCGCAUGUAUCAGGGCACACUAAUGCGGCAGUAGUCAUGCUAGCUGAGAAAUUAGCAGAUGUCAUUAAAACUGAUCAGCUGUUUUGUCAGAAGAGAUGCCUAAGUAACUUUUUAUUGCAUCUGAAUCGAGAAAGUGGAAUUAUUGCUUGCGAGAGAAGAAAGAAGCUUAUUGGAUGUUAA